UGUGUGUGAGUGUGUGUGCAUGUGUUCACGUGCACUAAUACUCCUGAGGGUCACAUGACCAAGUCGACGAACAAGUCAGUGGAAUGUUUCAAAUUCGAACACGUGAGUCGUGAGUCCGUCGUGCAGCUCCGAUGUGAAGUGUGUCGUAGUGGUCGUGCAGUGGGAGCGAGGCCCCGCCCACACACGCUCUCGGCCAAUCACGAGUCAGUGUCAGCUGUCAAUCGUGACGCCUCAGCGUAAUAUCAUCAAAUAACUAAUGAGAAGCAAAGUGAUCAGAAACAUGAACACGUGAACAAACAUCGGCGUGAUGACAACGACCUCACAUUAUUUAACGUCUACCUUGAGUUUUAAAAUGAAAACGGAUCCGUGUCGACGAGACCUGAAUUAAUGAGUUCACCCUCUUAGGAAAACUACAAAUAUUAAGUUAUUUAUGAUCCUAUUUAGUUGCUAAAUGUGUCUUUUAAUGUGUUUAUAUCGUAGCAGCAAGGACUAAUUAAUGUCUCAUACAUUAUUAACGGAGAAGAAAAGGAAACCCGCUCCGUCACCAGCGCCGCAGCUCCGUGGAGCCGCUCCGGACCUGAACGUGUCGGAGGCUCAGGAAGCAGCAACUACAGCAGCAGCUGAUGGAAAUGUGCCAUUGUAAUAAAGCGGCAGAGGGAGAAGAGGCCGUAUCAGUAAAUGCAUGCGCUUCAACCCGGACGCGACCGUCUGGGUCGCCAAGCAGCGGAUCCUGUGUACGCUCAACCAGAGCCUGCAGGACGUCCUCAACUACGGACUCUUCCAGCCGGCGAGCGACGGGAGGGACGGCAAGUUCCUGGAUGAGGAGCGCACCCUGCGGGAGUAUCCGCAGCCAAUCAGCAAGGGCGUCCCGUGUCUGGAGUUCCGCUACAAGAGCCGAGUCUACAGGCAACCGAGCGUGGACGAGAAGCAGAUCGCCAAACUUCACACCAAGGCCAAUCUGAGGAAGUUCAUGGACCUCCUCCAGCACAACCAGGUGGACAAAGUGGCCAAGCUGUUGGAGAGAGGCUUCGAUCCCAACUACCAAGACAGUGAGACCGGCGAGAGUCCGCUGACCUUCGCCGCGCACCUGGACGACGUGGUCGACGCCAUCAAGGUGCUGAGGAACGGAGGCGCUCACCUGGACUUCAGGGCCAAAGACGGUAUGACGGCACUGCACAAGGCCGCCAGGUCCAAGAACCAGGCGUCGCUCACGACGCUGCUCGAGCUCGGGGCGUCUCCGGACUACAAGGACAGCCGCGGCCUGACGCCGCUCUACCACAGCGCCGUCGUGGGCGGAGACCCGGGCUGCUGCGAGCUGCUGCUGAGCCACCACGCCUCCGUCUGCUGCCAGGACGAGAACGGUUGGCACGAGGUUCACCAGGCUUGUCGUCACGGCCACGUGCAGCACCUGGAGCAUCUGUUGUUCUAUGGAGCAGACAUGAGCGCCCAGAACGCCUCGGGGAACUCGGCGCUGCACAUCUGUGCCCUGUACAACCAGGAUAACUGCGCCCGAGUGCUGCUCGUUCGCGGAGCCGACAAAGACGUGAAGAACUACAACAGCCAGAGUCCAUUUCAGGUCGCCAUUAUUGCCGGGAACUUUGAGCUCGCCGAACUCAUCAAGAACCACAGAGAGACGGAUAUUGUGCCUUUCCGCGAGGCUCCAUCCUACUCCAAACGCCGCCGGGGUCCGGCUCCUGGAAGCGGCCAGUCGCCCUCCUCGCUGUCGGCGCCUCGGGUCCUGCUGCGCUCCAACAGCGACAACAACCUCGCGGUCGGCCAGUACCAGCAGCAGCAGCCGGGGUCUCCGGGCCACUGGGCCCCUCAGCUGCAGCAGCCGCACCCGCACAGGGUCUCCCAGCAGGGGCAGUCGCAGCCUGGCUCCGCAGCUCUCCACCGCAGCCUGUCGCCUCAGCUGCUGCAGCAGAUGCCCAGCGGCAGCCCCAAUGGCAACGUGGUGGUCCGGACCAUGGGGAGGGGGGCCCGCAGCCGCUCGCCCUCCCUCAGCCGGCUGGGGGAGGAGUCUCGCCGCGCGCUGCCGCCGCAGCGUCAGCCCAGUCCCGGCGGUCACGGCGAGGCGGUCGGCAGCAGGAGGAAGCUGUACAGCGCGGUGCCCGGGAGACAUUUCGUGGUGGUUCGCUCUCACACCGCGCAGACGGACGGAGAGAUCAACCUCUGCAAGGGCGACAGGGUCAAAGUUCUGAGCAUCGGCGAGGGCGGGUUCUGGGAGGGCAGCGCCCGCGGCCAGGUGGGCUGGUUUCCAGCCGACUGCGUGGAGGAGAUCCCGGCCAAGGCCACGGAGGAGAGGAGCUAUUCCCGAGCGGAUCGCGCCGACAGGAGGAAGCUAUUCAGACACUACACGGUGGGAUCCUACGACAGCUUCGACGCCUCCAGGUGAGACUUC